CAGAACAGCUCGACUCCACUUUGUUGGAGACCGAAUACAGAGAGCAUCUUGGAUAGGGGAAAGCCCAGUUCUAUGGUGCAUGGUUUCCCUUCAUUUAACCGCAUAUAAUAUAAUGUCCGAGAAUGUCCAUUUCUGGACCUCUAAGCAACUACUAUGUCGAUUCCAUCAUAAGUCAUGAGGGGGAAGAUCCAAACGCAGCUCGAUUCUCCAAUGUACAGUAUUCCAACACUAGGCAACCAGGACCCGGGGAACCUCAUGAAUUCCCUUCGUGUAGCUUUCAGCCCAAGCCUCCUGUGUUUAGUUCAUCGUGGAGUCCUUUUAGUCCUCACACGCCCAAUAGCUUACCGGCGGUCUACCAUCCUUAUAUCCCAGCUCAGCCCGUGCCUUCAACGGACACAAGAUACCUUCGCACAUGGCUCGACUGUGCACCGAGAUCCGAGCCACUGGACGGUCAGAGCCAAGUCAAGAUGGAGCCACCCCUGGGACACCUCGAGGAACCUCCGAAGAUUGGAGUACAACAUGAGUAUGUUUUGGAAUCCUCCUCAGCUCGGGAGAUAAAUCUCGGCCACGGCUCUGGAUUAGAAGACAGCAAGGAUAUUUGUGACGGUAGUGAAGACAAAGAGGGACCGGAUCAAAACGAUCCAUCAGCCAACUGGUUACACGCUCGCUCGUCUCGGAAAAAGCGUUGUCCGUACACUAAGUAUCAAACCCUAGAGCUUGAGAAGGAAUUUCUCUUCAACAUGUAUCUUACCCGGGACCGGCGACACGAGGUAGCGCGCUUGCUGAACUUGACGGAGAGGCAAGUUAAAAUUUGGUUCCAAAAUCGAAGGAUGAAAAUGAAGAAAAUGAAUAAGGACCAGUCCAAGGAAUAAUUGGACAACUGUACGUGCCCAGCCCUUACCCCUUUUAUCACAAUUGUGAUGACCUCUGGACAAUAAUACAAGAUGUUUGCAGACUAUGUUACACACUUUUAUAUUCUGGGAAUGCAGAUAAAUACAUCCUGAUUAUUCUUUUUCGAAAGCUAUUUGAGAACAAGAACACUGAUUACAAACUAUAAAACUACAUAAACAUGUCCGCUGUUCUGAAUUUCUUUCACAGUUAUUUUAUAAACAGAAAUAUAAGUACAGGUACUUAUAUGCUUGAAUUGAAUGAAUUUUUACUUUGUAGACAUUUUGUAGGCGUUUUUUAUUUUAUUCAAUGGCAAUAAGCGUGGUUACAACUAUAAAAAAACCCCUGAAAAUUCGUCUUCAUCUUUGUUUGAUUAGGGAAAAUUAUUUAAAUUGUUCCAUGACAAAAUAUUCGCAUUCCUUAAUAAAUUGCCGGGUUGAUCUUUGAAAUUUGUUUAGUAUUAAGUAAACAUCUUGAUACUGUAGGAACAUUUUAGCUUUAUUUUGGAAUAUGUCUCCAUUAAUAAGUUUAAUUAUAUAGAAUCCUAAUUCAACUUGCUAUUGGUUUGGAUUAAACAUAGAAACAUCUUCUAAAAAAUUAAAGAUUAAAUUGUGUUACAGAGUUUAUAAUUCAUGACGCUUUUGGAAUAUUAUCAUAAAGUAAAAGCAAGAUAUUGGAACAAUUAAACCUUUCUGGUAUACUAUGUCACUACCUUUUAGCUUAAUUGUUGCCCCAGUUAUCAGGUGAAGGAGGAACUUAAAAACUAUUUCUGCUGGAUGUGUGUAUAUGUAUGUAGCUAGCUUGUCUGUAACAAACAAAUUGGUUGUAUACUAUCGGUGGUUAUAAAAGUUUACAUGCAUUAGCGCAUGCCUUGUAAAGUUUUUAGUUGCCUUUUACUUGAUUUUUUUUUAAAUUAGGUAGUACAGUUAUAAACUCUUCCUGGUGUACUAUUAGAAUGAUAGUUAUAAUUUAUUCCAAAUGUUAUUGCGUUUCUUUUCAGUGUAAUGUUUUUUCAUUGUGUAAAAAGAUGAGAUCUUAUAGCUUACUUAAAUAAUCAAAAGUUCUUUCUUUUUUGAGACACUGUUUACAUAUUGUUGUCUAUAAAUAUCUGAAUUUUGUGUUAACACAAAAGUAUUAUGUUGUAAUGCAUACAUUUGUUCAACAUUACAUUGCUUUCCUUUGGAGAAAUAGUUGCCUAAUGGAUCUUUCUGUAGUCGCGUGGGCGUCUGUCUGCAGCUUGCUUUGAGGUGUGGAAUUUCUACAGUUUUUCUCAAAUGCUGUCACAAACUGACAGACAGAAACGACCCAUAUUACAAGUUUACACGGAUCACUGUCUGAGUCCUUGUCAUUGGCGUAUAUAACUGAUGUAUAUUUUUUACACGGGAUGAAACCAAUACUCCACAUUCAAUGUUGACAUA